AAGGGCAGUAAAUUUCAGCCCUUCAAAAAGUUGUUUGGAAGGAGAAAAAAACGGGAGACCACGCCGGAUCGUGAGACCUCCAAGUUGAAGGCAAGCAGUUCCAUCGGAGAUGUCUGUAAUGGGGCGCUGUCUUCGGAUGAAGAGACCAACAAUGGCUUGAGGUCUCCAAGUUAUAGCAUGGGAACACGGGCCUUUUCCCAUGAGAGUAUUUUUAUGCCUGAUGGGCGAGCAGAGAGCGAAGAGUCGAUUCAAGCAAUGUCACAAGAUAAUCUCGUUGGCAAAGUCAAAACUCUUCAGCAACAGUUGGCCAAGAAUAUUAAAUUUGGCCAACCUCCACAAAUGACAGUCUCUGUGAAAACACCUGGGGAAGCUAGUGGAAGUUUGGAAGCAGAUGUGUUGCUGAAUAACCCCAUGGAGACGGUGAUGCCACCAGAUGUGGUCCUUCCAGAGAACCACCACAAAGUAACUGGGAUGCCAGAUUCCUUAAGUCCCACAAGUGUGGGUGAAACAAGUCGUGACAGAGCUGAGAAGGGGACGCCUGUCAAAGUGUCAUCUCGGCCAAAAAGACACCAUUCCCCUUCUGGAACCAUCGAAACUGUCAACCUUGAUGCCAUCCCUUUAGCCAUUUCUUGUCUGGACAACAGUGCGGCAAAGCACAAACUCUCAGUCAGGCCAAAGAAUCAGAGGCUUUCCAAAAAGCACAGAUUGUCAAAGGAGGUACAAAGUUUAAUAGAGGCUGACUUUGGACAAGACUUCCUAGAAUCACAGGGCACUGAAGAUAAAGUGACAAAAGAUGAUAGCUAUUACAAACCAGAGAAGUUAACCCAGCAUGGAGAAGUCCAGGAACUGAAAACUGAAGGAAAACGAAAACAAGACUACUGGAUAAACCUUGAGGCAUGGAAGAAGGAACAAAUGGCUGAAACAAAAUUCAAAAUCCCUAUGGAACACAAAAGACUUCAAGAAUUUGAGGGAAGCCAUGGAGAACAAGUGGGGAAGAAACUGAAACUUCAGGAAGAACAUCUUUAUCAAAUGGAGGAGAAAAAAGACCAAGAUCAUCAGGCAAAAGGGCUACAAGAACAAGAAAAUCAGGGAAGGCAUGGAGAAGGGCCUGAAAAAUUACAGGCACAAAUCCCCCAAAAAUCUCAGGAUCUUGAGGAACAAAAACACAGGGAUCAAGAACAGGCACAACAUGAACCAGAGGCACAAAGACAGCAGGAAGAGUGGAAACCACGUGAAAUGGACACACAAUGGCAGAAGGAGAAAAAGAAGAAGCAACAAGAACCAGAGGCACAAAGGCAGCAGGAAGAACAAAAGAGACAAUGCGAACUGCAGUUCCAAAGGCAGCAACAGGAAGAAGCAGAGAGACAACUCGAGCUGGAGGUCCAAAGACAGCAUGAGGAAGAACAGAAAAGACAAUGCGAAUUGGAGGUCCAAAGGCAACAUCAGGAAGAAGCAAGGAAACAACAUGAACUGGAGAUUCAAAGACAGCGGGAAGCAGAGCAAAAGAGACAACAACAAAAGAGACAACGUGAACUAGAACUACAGAGACAGCGGGAGGAAGAACAAAAGAGACAACGUGAACUAGAACUACAGAGACAGUGGGAGGAAGAACAAAAGAGACAACGUGAAUUAGAACUACAGAGACAGCGGGAGGAAGAACAAAAGAGACAGCGUGAACUAGAACUCCAAAGACAAUGGGAGGAAGAACAAAAGAGACAACGUGAACUAGAACUACAGAGACAGUGGGAGGAAGAACAAAAGAGACAACGUGAAUUAGAACUACAGAGACAACAGGUACAGAGACAGAGGAAGGAGGAAGCAAAGAAACAAAAACUUAAUGACAAUCUGAUCCAGCAGGGAUGGAAGGAUAAAAAGGAAGAACCAGAAAAGCAAAAGGCUCAGGAAGAAAAUAUAAGCCAUCAGUAUUUGGAAAAGCUGAAGGUGAAAGAACUUAAAACAGUUCAAUCUGAAAAGCUCUCUGAACUGAACCAACAAUUACUUCCAGAGCAAAAAAGAGAAAUAAGACAGGGAAAGAAAGAACAAGAAAGCAGCAAAAAUUUACAUGAUAGAAACCAACAGCAAGAGAAGGGAACAGCUGCGAAACUGAAGGGACAAGAAGAGCAACAGCGAAAUCUGAAUGAAAAACAAUGGAGUACAAAUGAAGAAAAGCAGCAGAAAUUGGCAAAAUCGGUUGGAUCAACAGAACCCAGUAAAACAGCACCAGCAGAAAUAGGGCAUAUGCGGGCUGAAAAGGAGGUGCAGCAGGAGGAAUGUAUACAAAGGACAGAGGGCCAACAAUUGGAAAGAGACAAAAUCCUCUCUUUAGAAGAUCAGCUGUCACUGGAAAAGCCAAAAGAAGAGACGAAAUCCCACCAGUUACACAUGAAGAAGCAUCCAGAAGAUGAACGUUUGGGAACUGUUGAGAAAGAGCUACAACGUAAGGAAGAACCAGGACAGCAACAAAGAGCUCAGGCAGGCCAAGAACGGAAGGAAGAAGGGAGCCUAAGAGUUUAUCAGGCAAUGAACGUUGACGUUGAGGAGCAGGAAAGAGUUCUGGGCGAAGAAUUACGUUGGCAGGAAGUUGACACCCGGCAAACCAUGUCCAGGGGCUUCACCUUUCAAGUGUCUUCUGGAGAGAAAGAAAUUAUAUUUCCCAAAGUGAAUUUAAGUCCAGUUACACCCGUGAAAGAGGCGCCACUUCCUUCUGCCACAAAAGAAGUUAAGGACCCUAAGUCUAGUAGAGGUUCUACAACUCUUCCAACUUCUUCAUGUGUUCCCCACACAGCAAUCUUGGUCACUGGAGCACAACUCUGUGGCACUGCAGUAAACCUCAACCAGAUAAAAGAUACGGCUUGCAAAUCUUUACUUGGUUUAACAGAAGAAAAGAAAGCGGUGGAGGCGCCUGAGGCCGAAAGCAUCCAGAAACCUGUUGACGGCAGGCCGAACAGCGCUAAGGCGAAGCAUGUCCAAGAUUCAGUGGACAACCAAGCCAUCCUGGAUGAAUGGGCUUCAAUUCGUUCCAAAAUCUUAAAAGGUGCGGAAAACGAGAAAUUCAGUGAGAAAGACAGUGGAAGUCUUAAUAGGCACAGUGAUGAUUGGACAGCUAAAGGGCGAAGUCCUUCCCAUGGUAACUUACGAAAGACUUUGUCUGCAAAUGCGAAGUUUUCUAUCACUCCCGCAUGGCAGAAAUUUUCAGAAAUGUCCAAAACUGCUGCAGAGAAUAAAACUGUUCCUGAAGCAGAAAAUGCAGCGAUGCAACCGACUCCGUCCAUUCUGCAUUCAGACAACGAGGCCCUCCAAGCAGAGUCCCCGGUCGGUACAAAGAACGUAGGAACUUCCCCUGGGAAAAUCAGAGGGCGUCAGGAAGUAGCGGGUAAUACCGAGGGAUGUAAGUUUGCCAAAGAUCUCCCAUCUUUCCUUGUCCCAAGUCUCCCGUAUUCUCCAAAUAAAGAACUCUCCCCCACCAUUGAAACUUCGCCAGCAACGGAAACCCAACACAACCUUGGCUCCAAAAAACCGGACCGGGCUUCACCGGGCGGAGAAGAAAACGUCUCCCCAUUUGGAGUGAAAUUAAGGAGGACCAACUACUCCUUGCGUUUUCACUAUGACCAGCAAGCAGAGCAAAAGAAGAAGAAAAGAUACAGUGCAGGAGAUAGCUUUGACGGGUUGCCAACUCCGCUCACCCCAGACAGAGAACAAGACGCGAAACCUUUAUUUUUAAAAGAUAGCAAAUCUCCGAGCCAAGACAGAAAAGAUGCCAGGCUUAAUUCUGACAAUACCACGCUAACGAUUAUUAGUCGCAGUUACACCAUAGUUGCGCCUGUAUCUUCUCCGACUGGUCCUCUGCCUGUGCCUAGUCAAGAAAAAUCUGCUUCUAAAUCACCCCUACCACCAAAACCUGCACUGGCUCCGAAGCCCAUCAGCCAAACACCGCCUACAUCUCCUCUCACAAAACCCCGUCGGUCUCACGUCACUGAACCCAUCGGGAAAAGGGUCUCCAAAGUGGAACCUGAUACCAGCUGGAGAAAAAGCGAAGGGAAAGGGAGUCCUCACCACUCCCAAGCACCAGGCGAAAGCAAGAGCGAGGAGGAAGAAUCUAGAGAGAAGAAAUCGUUUUUUCCAUCCAUCACCAUGCCCUGGAGAGAGAAAGUGGAGAAAAAGCCAGAAGCAUUGAAAAGGGAACGGCCAGUUCUUCAGAGCAGACAUUCCAUCGAUGGUUCAAAAGUGAUGGAGAAAGGGGAAACCGCACAGCCUCUCUGGAUCACUUUGGCGUUGCAAAAACAGAAGGGCUUUCGGGAGCAGCAAGCAACCCGCGAGGAAAGGAGGCAAGCCAGAGAAGCCAAGCAGGCCGAGAAAUUGGCUAAAGAAAAUGCCAGCAUGAACAACCAGGCAGAUAAUAAAAGCAAUAAUGUGAGCAGGUCAAACAUACUGCAAAAGUCCACCGGCCCAGAAGAGGAGAAAAAAAUGGAGACGGCUACAUCAAGAUUUGAACGUAGAGAACAGCUCAAAAAAUCGAAUACCCUCCCUUCGUCCGUCACAGUGGAGAUCACCGAUUCCCUUUCGUCGUCGCCUUUGGCUAAAGAAGUCACCAAGAGAUUCUCUACACCGGAUGCUAACCCCGUCUCCACCGAACCUGCUUGGCUGGCCUUGGCCAAGAGAAAAGCGAAAGCGUGGAGCGACUGUCCUCAGAUCAUCAAGUAAAUAGAUCCUA